AUGGUAGUAAAAACAAAAUCAAAUGAUUGCUGGCAACAACAGCAUUUCGACCUUGGUUGCGUUAUUCUCCCGAGCUCCAGCCAGUCCUGUACUGUCCCUAUACCUAAAACUCAGCUCUGGGAUGACCCCCACUUCCCGUCUGAGCUGGAACCCACCACCCCACCCAUCUACGCAUUUUACCACGAGGCAGUGGAGGCUCACAUGGGGUUUAAGUACCUGUAA